AUGACCCAAGACCCCACCCCUUCCACCCAGCCAAUCUCUCUCGCCAUCAUAGGCGGCGGAAUCGCCGGCCUCACCCUCGCCGCGGGCUUACACCUCAACUCCAUCUCCAAAUCCGACCCCCGAAACAAGAAAUUCGUAUUCACACUCUACGAAGCCCGGCCCUACUUCACCGAAAUAGGCGCAGGCAUAGGCUUAGGUCCCAACGCCCAGCGCGCGAUGCACCUUCUACACCCAGAUAUCCUGGCCGCAUAUAAGAGCUGUGAGACGAGGGAUCAGCUGAGUGUGGAGGAGAGGGCGCGGUUUUUUUGCUUUAGGGUUGGGGUGGAUGAUCUUGGGGCUGGAAAGGGGGAAGGAAAGGGGAAGGCUGGGGAUCUCAUUGCUGAUGUGAGGAGUGGAGGCGAAAGUAGUGUGGUUCAUCGCGCGAAGUUUCUGGGGGAGUUGAGUAGGCUGGUGCCGGUGGAGAUGACGAGGUGUGGGAAAAGGUGCGUGGAUGUUGAGGUUCUUGAGGGAUCCGGGGUGGAGGAUAGGGAGGGAGGGGUGCUGGUGAAGUUUGCGGAUGGGACGGAGGCGAGGCAUGAUGCUGUUGUUGGGUGUGACGGGGUCAGGAGCGUGAUCAGACGGGCUGUGCUUGGGGAGGGUGAUGAGGCUGUUGAGCCGGUGUUUAGCGGGAAGUGCUGUUAUCGGGGGAUUGUGGGGAUGGAGAAGGCGAGGGUGAUUCUGGGGGAGGAGAUGGCGAUGGAGAGUCAGAUGUACUUGGGGAAGGGUGGGCAUGUGCUCACUACGCCGAUGAACCAGGGCCAGGCGGUCAAUGUCGUUGCAUAUCAUACCAAGGAAGACGGUAAGUGGGAAGAUGAGACGUGGAUCAAAAGCGUCACCAAGCAGGAGAUGGUUGCAAGAUUUGCGGGGUUCAGUCAGACCGUCAGGGACCUCAUCGGUGUCAUAGAGAAGCCUGAUCUUUGGGCGAUGUUCGACCAUCCGCCCGCAAAGACAUACCACCAGCAGGGACAGCUGUGCCUAUUGGGUGAUUCUGCACAUGCAAGCACUCCGCAUCACGGAGCUGCCGCAGGUAUGGCGGUGGAAGACGCACUGGUACUUUCAAAGCUGCUGGGUUCGGUGGAAUGCAAGGAGCAAUUGCGGGGUGCAUUCGCUGCUUAUGAUGCAGCACGCAGGCCAAGAUCCCAAAGACUCGUCACUUCGAGCAGGAGAACUGGCCGGGUGUACGACUUUGAGGACGAGGUGGUGGGUGACGAUAUGUUGGCUCUCCGAGAGUACCUGGAACAUGCCUGGGAUUGGAUUUGGUACGCAGACAUGGACAAGCACCUCGAAGAGGCCAUGCUCGUCUGUGAUUCCUUGAAAGAGAGUAGUCAGCCGCAGGUUUCAGCUCCCAAGGGACUUGAUCGCGAUCUCUGCUUCUCCGCUGGUGCUCAGGAACCUUUGAGAUUGAUAGGUUCAGUAGGCUAG